AUGAGUAGUAGAAGAAGAGCUUAUCCUCAACCUCAAAAUGGUACAGAUAUUUUAUCUCGAUUACUUGCUCCUCCACUUCCAGGAAAUCAAUUCCAUGAUCAGACGACAUCAUUAGAUAUUGAUAGCACUACUGAAAAACUUCAACAUACCAAUCUUGAUGCUGUAAAUCAAUUCCGGCUGUAUCAAUCGACGGACAAUUCACCGUAUGUAUCAGUAAAUCAACUGCUUCCUUUGAAUCAAUUAUAUACCACUGAUCUUGCAAGAGAAUUACCCCCAGCUAUUUCUGAUUUAUCAUUACCACAACCACCUAUAGUUUUACCACAACGUACCACAUUGAUUCCAAAUGUCGCGACUGCAAAUGCUUCCCCUGAUUAUUUUCGAUCAACUUUGAACGUUAUUCCUAAUAGUUCAUCUUUAUUAAAGAAAUCAAAAUUACCAUUAGCUUUAAUUGUUAAUCCUUAUAAUGCUUUAAAGUAUGAAGAUGAAAAUGUCCCUAUUACAUCAGAUUCAACAGUGAGUAGAUGUCGCCGAUGUAAAGGGUAUAUUAAUCCAUUCAUAACCUUGGUUGAAAAUGGAAGAAGAUGGAGAUGUAAUUUUUGUAAUUUAUUAAAUGAUAUACCUCAUGCUUUCGAAUAUGAUGAAAUUAAUGGACAGAGGAAGAAUAAAUUUGAAAGAGUUGAAUUGAAUCAUGCCGUGGUUGAAUUUAAUGCUCCUAGAGAAUAUAUGCUGAAACCUCCUCAACCUAUUGUUUACACAUUUAUAAUUGAUGUUUCUGUUAAUGCUAUCAGAUCAGGUUUGACAAGGACUAUUACCAGAACAAUUUUGGAAAGUUUAGAUCGAAUUCCAAAUGUGCAUCAAACUGUAAGAGUGGCGUUCAUUGGAGUCGAUUCAAGUUUACAUUUUUUUAAAUUGAAUCAUGAUUUAGAUCAUCCGUUUGAAACUUUGGUGAUUUCUGAUAUCGAAGACCCAUUCUUACCACAAGCAAUUGAAAAAUUAUUAAUUGAUUUCCCAUCUUUAUUCCAAAAAACAGCUAUACAAGAAUUCGGUUUGGGACCCGCUUUAAAAUCAGGACAUAAGUUAAUCAAUCAUAUUGGUGGAAAAUUAAUUUGUUUCGCAGCCAGUUUGCCUAAUAUUGGAGAAGGGAAAUUAACCAACAGGGAUGAAAUUGGUAAGACAUUACUUUCAUGUGCUGAUAAUUUUUAUAAAUCAUUUGUAGCUGAAUGUAAUUCUUGUCAAAUAACAGUGGACUUGUUCCUUUCUUCUUCUGGUUAUCAAGAUGUAGCAACGUUGUCGAAUUUACCUCGUUAUACCGCCGGACAAACUCAUUAUUAUCCGGCUUGGACUAGUGCUGAAUUUGAAGAUGUGACUAAAUUAUCUGAAGAAGUUAGUGAUCAUUUAAGUCAAGAUAUUGGAUUAGAAGCUGUGUUAAGAGUUAGAGGUUCAACUGGAUUUAGAAUGAAUUCAUUCUAUGGGAAUUUUUUCAAUCGAUCUUCUGAUUUAUGUUCUUUUCCAACAUUCCCAAGAGAUCAAAGUUAUACCAUUGAAAUAUCAAUUGAAGACAAUAUUACCAAACCAGUCGUUUACUUCCAAGCUGCCAUUCUUCAUUCAACAUCGACUGGAGAAAGAAGAAUCAGAGUAUUGAAUUUAGCCCUUCCAAGUUCAAAUAAGUUGAAUGAUAUCUAUCCUUCUGCAGAUCAAUUGGCUAUCACUAAUUUCUUCACUCAUAAAGCAUUUGAAAAGGCACUAUCAAAUUCAUUACAAGAUGCAACCGAUUUCUUGAAAGCCAAAGUAGUUGAAAUUUUGAACGUUUAUAAGAAGGAAUUGGUACGUGGUGGUUCAUCUGGAUUACAAUUAUCCACCAAUUUAAGAAUGCUACCAUUGUUAUUAUUCUCGUUAACUAAAACUUUAGUAUUCCGAUCUGAGAGAGUUCCAUCUGAUCAUCGUGCUUCAGCACUUAAUAGUCUUGGAUCUGUUCCUGUUGAUCUAUUAGUGAAGUCUAUUUACCCCACGGUAUACUCAUUACAUGAUAUGCCAGAUGAAUGUGGAUUACCACAACAAAAUGAAAAAACCAUCUUAUUACCAGAGCCCCUAAAUACUUCUAAAUCAUCAUGGGAAAAUUAUGGAUUAUAUUUGAUUGAUAACUCAAAUGAAUUAUUCUUAUGGGUAUCAGGUAAUGUAGUUCCAAGUUUAGUUGAAGAUUUAUUCGCUACAGGUAAUUUAUAUACCAUUCCAACAGGUAAGACUGAAUUACCUGAAUUAAGAGAUAAUGCGACUGAUUUCAAUUAUAGAGUUCGACAAAUCAUAGCUAAAUUAAGAUACCAAAAAGAUUCUAUCAUUUGGAAGAAUUUAUAUGUGGUUUUAGGAGGUUCAAUCAAUGAACCAAUUGAAAUAUCCCAACAACGAGAAUUAAUGGCUUUAAGAAUGUGGGCUAAUUCAUGUUUGGUUGAAGAUAAGACUGGAAGCGAGCCUUCAUAUCGAGAUUUUUUAACAUCUUUAAAAUCCAAAGUUAGUCAAUAGAGUGUGUAGUAGUACUAAAUAUACUAGUAAAAUGUAAAAAGAUAUGAUCCUUUUAUGUAGUUACUGAUAUUUUAGAUGCAAAUAUGAAUUUAAGUAAUAGUUGUAAAGUUAUGUCGCAAAUUUUAAGAC